AGGAGGAGGAGGAUGUUGUGUUGUGAAGGCAGGUUGUACUGACUGAAUGACUCGCUCAGCGAGGCGGACACACGCAUUUCCAUCAUUUACUAUGCUGUCAACCGGUCAUACGCAUUGUCAAGCCCUCACAUUUAUUGUUCGUGUCCUGCUUUUUAAAUGACCAACCAUAACCUUGAGAAAACUCGUCAUAGUCCAUACAACCCACCGUUUCCUCUCCCGUCUUUGUGACCGAGAGAGCCACUCAGGACUCAGGCCGCCGUCCGUUUUUGGCAGUUGGCUUCGCGGCGAAGGUUAGCGGCUAACAGGCUAAUGUAAGCAGGUUUGUCUGAAUUGAACGGCCAUAAUGAUUUUAAAGGAACUGUAUUUCAACUACAAACCUGCUGUGAUGGAAACACACCAUUGACUUAGAAGGGAACAUAUGUCCUGGAUGUCUUGACAUAAAGGGUCUGGAUAUUCCAAAAUGGAGAAAAAGAAAGUGUGUCCACGUCUUCUUGACUACUUAGUGGUUGUUGGAGCAAGGCAACCAAGUAGUGACGGUGUGGCCCAGACUCCACAACUCCUCCGACGGUACCCUCUGGAGGAUCACCAUGAGUUCCCGCUCCCUCCUGAUGUGGUCUUCUUCUGCCAACCAGAGGGCUGCCUGAGUAUACGACAGCGCAGGGUUAGCCUACGUGACGACUCCUCCUUCGUCUUCACGCUGACCGACAAGGACUCAGGAAUCACUCGUUAUGGGAUUUGCGUCAACUUCUACCGAUCUUUCCAGCGUGGACAUCACCGUCCUCGAGACAAGACUAGCCACACAGAGACUGCAGCACAGGCAGCUGAGACCACUAGCGAGGUGUCUGAUGGCAGCAGUGGAGGCCAGGCCACUACGUCGUCUGCACCUGACAACUCCGAGCACGAACCCCCGCUUGCUUCCCGAGAAGAGGGAGGGCAGCCAGGUGCCGAGCAAACCUCUGGCAAGUCUCCGCAGCACAAACGCAGUGCUGCCAAGUUGGCUGCCAGAAACCGAAACAGCACGCUGACGUCGCUGUGCAUCCUCAGCCACUACCCGUUCUUCUCCACCUUUAGGGAAUGCUUAUAUAUUCUUAAGAGGCUGGUAGACUGUUGCAGUCAAAGGCUGACUCAGCGAGCUGGGCUCCCGCGCGCCACCCAAAGGGACACCAUGUGGCGAGUGUUUACCGGAGCGCUCUCGGUGGAAGAGAAAGGUAGCCAGCUGCUGGUUGACCUACGUGACAUAGAGUCCUGGGUGUACCGGCUGCUGCGCUCCCCGGUGCCACUGGCAGGUCAGAGGCGUGUGGAUGUGGAGGUGCUGCCCCAAGAGCUGAAACGGCCACUCACCUUUGCCUUGCCUGACAACUCUCGUUUCUCCUUGGUUGAUUUCCCGCUGCACUUGCCUUUGGAGCUGCUGGGUGUUGACGCUUGUCUUCAGGUCCUCAGCUGUGUCCUUCUGGAGCACAAGGUCAUUCUUCAGUCUCGUGAUUACAAUGCUUUGUCCAUGAGCGUCAUGGCCUUUGUGGCUAUGAUCUACCCCCUGGAGUACAUGUUCCCUGUCAUACCAUUACUGCCCACCUGUAUGACUUCUGCUGAGCAGCUCCUUCUGGCUCCCACUCCCUACAUCAUCGGUGUACCAGCCAGCUUCUUUCUCUACAAAUUGGAUUUCAAAAUGCCAGAUGAUGUUUGGCUUGUUGACCUUGACAGCAGCAAGGUCAUAGCACCUACCAAUGCAGAGAAUCUGCCUCCUCUGCCGGAGCCUGAAGCAGGCGAGCUCAAGAAACAUCUAAAACAGGCAUUGGCCAGCAUGAGUUUGAACACACAGCCCAUUCUGAACCUGGAGAAGUUCCAGGAAGGCCAGGAGAUGACCCUGCUCCCGCCAGGACGAGACAAAGCUUCGCCAUCCUCCACCGAGUUCAAUCCUCUGAUUUAUGGCAAUGACGUUGAUUCUGUGGAUGUGGCCACCAGGGUUGCCAUGGUGCGAUUCUUCAACUCUCCCAAUGUUCUCCAGGGCUUCCAAAUGCACACGCGUACGUUGCGGCUCUUUCCGCGACCGGUGGUUGCUUUUCAGUCUUCAUCUUUUCUUGCCUCUCGCCCACGCCGUUCCUGCUUCGCUGAUAAACUGUCCCACACCCAGGCAGUGGAGUUCUAUGGAGAGUGGGCACUCAAUCCCGCUAACCUUGCCUUUCAGAGGAUACACAACAAUGUGUAUGAUCCAUCUUUAAUUGGAGACAAGUCUAAAUGGUAUGCACACCAACUACAGCCAGUGGUGUACAGAGUCUAUGAUGGAAGCUCCUUGCUGGUGGAGGCUAUGGCUGGUCCAUUGGAAGAUGAAGGCAACGAUUCUGACCCCACAGACAGUGGUAGUGACAGUGAUGGAUAUGAUGACUCCAGCUCUUCCUAUUCUUCACUUGGGGACUUAGUGAGUGAGAUGAUUCAGGGCGACAUCCAGGGGGACACACCAAGCUUGGAUCCUCCUACUCAUGCUGCACUGGGAGAUGCCAGUGAGGUUGAGUUUCAAGACUUUCGUGAUUUAAAGGACUGCCAUAAUGUGGAUGGUCCUUCCGGUGGGGAUGGAGCUGUUGAACAGUCAGACGGACAGCCUCUCCGUUCAAGCUCCAGCACAACUGCAAGCUCCAGCCCCAGCACAAUCAUCCAGGGAGUUAACCAUGAGCAGGCCGAAGCACCUGAGAUUGAAGCAUCUGCAAGCGCCGCUCUGCAGAACCCUGUUCCUGGACUUGGCACUCAGCCUUUUCUGAGGCCUGCACCAGAUGCUGGUCUGGCCAAUUCUGUCAACAAAAAGCAAGAGUAUGACAACCCAUACUUUGAGCCUCAGUAUGGCUUCCCCACUGAGGAAGACGCUGAAGAAGAGCAAGUGGAAUCGUACACCCCUCGAUUCAACCAGAACCUCAACGGCAACAAGGCUCAGCGGCCUUUACGUCCCAGCAGCCUGAGGCUUCCAGGAGAGUCUGAUGGAGAGGGAGACUCUCGCAACAGCUCGCCAAAUUCCACCAUCUCCAACAGCAGCAAUGAUGGAUUUGGUGGACUCAUGUCUUUUGCCAGUAAUCUUUACAAGAACCACGGCACCAGCUUCAGUCUGUCCAAUCUCGCCCUUCCCAACAAGGCAGCCCGGGAGAAAUCGACUCCUUUUCCCAGCCUUAAAGGGGCACGUGCCCCCAGAGCACUUGUGGACCAGAAAUCUUCAGUGAUCAAACACAGCCCGACUGUGAAGAGAGAAUCUCCCUCACCGCAGGGUCGGGUCAACAACACGAGUGAGAACCAGCAGUUUUUGAAGGAAGUGGUGCAGAGUGUUCUGGAUGGACAGGGUGUUGGCUGGCUUAACAUGAAAAAAGUGCGCCGACUGCUGGAGAACGAGCAGCUGCGCGUCUUUGUGCUGAGUAAGCUGAACAGAGCCAUCCAGUCGGAGGAAGAUGCCAGACAGGAGAUCAUACGAGAUGUGGAGGUGAACAGAAAGGUUUACAAAGGCAUGCUGGAUAUUCUGAAGUGUACAGUGUCCAGUCUGGAGCACUCUUAUACCAAUGCUGGCCUUGGAGGAAUGGCUAGUGUCUUCAGCCUGCUCGAAAUAGCACGCACACAUUAUCAAACCAAAGACCCAGAAAAGCGCAAGCGAAGCCCCACAGACAGUGCUGGCAGCCCGGGGAGUAAAGAGAGUCCUUCUGGUCGUAUGGAGACAGCCAGACCUCAGGGCCUACUGAAUGUCCCGCAGCUGCAGCUGCCUCACCACACUGCGGGCAAAGGAACCCGCCAUUUUCAUACCCGAAGUCUGAACGAGGAGAACUUUAUUGCCUCGAUUGAAUUGUGGAGCAAGCACCAGGAUAAGCAAAAAGCUAUGGAAAAACAACAGAGGGCUGAAGGAGCAAAGCAGCGCCCGCAGAUGACUGAUGCAGAGAAGAAAUCACAGAUCAGUGCUGAUAGUGGACUCAGUGUCGCAUCUGGUUCUCAGAAGAGCGACACAGAGUCUGUAACCAGUUCAGAGCCGCCGAUCCUCACCAGAAGCACCAGCCAGGACUCGGAGGCCAGUACAGUGAUUAGCAAUAGCUCUGGAGAGACCCUCGGAGCCGACAGUGAUCUGAGCAGUACAGCAGGAGAUGGUCUCGGAGGAAGAGCUGCUCCUCAUUUGAAUCAGUCCAGAGGAACUCUGUCUGACAGCGAGAUUGAAACCAAUCCGGCCACCAGCUCAGUGUUUGGAAAGACCCACACUCUUAAACCCGGUGCAAAAGAACCUUUACCUGCAGUGGUCAAAGGUCCUCCUGCACAGCUGAUGGAGGACAUCAGUAUGAGGAUUUAUCUCUUUGAAGGCCUGCUGGGGCGCGAUAAGAGCUCCGUUUGGGAUCAACUAGAGGAUGCCGCCAUGGAAACCUUUUCUCUAAGUAAGGAGCGCUCCACCCUCUGGGAUCAGGUGCAAUUCUGGGAGGACGCCUUCUUGGAUGCUGUGAUGUUGGAGCGGGAAGGAAUGGGGAUGGACCAGGGACCUCAAGAAAUGAUUGAAAGAUACUUGUCACUUGGAGAUCACGAUCGCAAGCGUCUGGAGGAUGACGAAGACAGGCUUUUGGCCACCUUGCUACACAAUAUGAUUGCUUACAUGCUAAUGAUAAAAGUGAACAAAAAUGACGUCCGGAAGAAAGUGAGGCGUUUGAUGGGCAAAUCUCACAUCGGACUCGCAUACAGCCAAGAGAUCAAUGAGAUACUUGACAAACUGGCCCAUAUGAAUGGCCGUGAGCUGUCCAUCAGGCCCAGUGGAAGUCGUCACAUCAAGAAACAAACAUUUGUUGUUCAUGCUGGCACUGAUACAACAGGAGACAUCUUCUUUAUGGAGGUUUGUGAUGACUGUAUAGUCCUGCGCAGCAACAUCGGUACAGUUUACGAGCGCUGGUGGUACGAGAAGCUCAUCAACAUGACGUACUGCCCCAAGACCAAGGUGUUGUGUCUGUGGAGACGUAACGGCCAAGAGACGCAGCUCAACAAGUUCUAUACCAAAAAGUGUCGCGAGCUCUACUACUGUGUUAAAGACAGCAUGGAAAGAGCUGCAGCAAGACAGCAGAGCAUUAAACCAGGCCCGGAGCUUGGCGGUGAAUUUCCUGUCCAGGACAUGAAAACUGGUGAAGGUGGACUGCUUCAGGUUACGCUGGAAGGAAUAAACCUGAAGUUCAUGCACAGCCAGGAGCGGAAGGUUUUCAUAGAGCUGAGUCACAUUAAAAAGUGCAAUACAGUGAAGGGAGUCUUUGUCCUGGAGGAAUUUGUUCCUGAAACUAAAGAAGUGGUGAUCCACAAGUACAAGACCCCCAUGGCACAUCAGAUCUGUUACUCUGUCCUCUGCCUUUUCUCCUACGUGGCGGCUGUGAAGGGGAAGGAGGCGGAAGGAAAACCCAAGCUGCUGUCACCGAGACCUCUUCCCAGCUAGUCAACAACCCCCCUCCCCCUUCUUGGUGUGACUCUGUACUUGAAAUGGCAUCUCUGCUCCUUAACCAGACUUUUGACAAUCCCUGAUUUAAAUCUAAGCACACGAUUCCUGCUCUCCCCUCUUGUGUAAAUAUAAGCCUGUGAUCCUUUUUAGAUCCAGUUGUGUGGAAAUGUUUGGUCCUCCGUGAUGUCGUGUAAAUAAUUCCAAAAAUUCACCGUUGUUGUCCUGAUGUUUCAACCCAACUAGUUACACAUUUGCUUGCUCCUUGGAUUUGGAGAUGUUUGUCAGCUCUGUGUGAAAGCCUCAGUGACCCAGGUGUUGUUCCAGAUGUGAGGGAUUAGCCUUGAGCCGCAGACUGCAUGCAGGUUCUGUGCAACAGCAGUGAAGCUCACCUCCUCCUGCCUGUCUCCAUACGGUUCUGUGUUAUUCUGUGAAAUGUGAUUACUGUUAAGUUCCAGACUGUCCAAGCGGAAACUGGUGAAGCAUCCAGAGACCCUGUUAGUGCAGUGGAAAAAGCACCUGUAUCCUGCACCAGAGCACCGCAUGUAAACUAUUAAUGGUGUGUGGUCCUAAAAUACAUUAGGUGUUCUCAGAUGUAUUCUCCUGCCCUAGACUCUGGCCCACCACGCUGACUAACUGUUCUAGUUCUGCUGUAAAACUUCCUGUCUGUGCUCCUCUGGUAUUAACUGCAUGUUACUAUAAGGAUAAAAAAAUAAAUAUUAUAUAUAUUUCUAUAUAUAGUAUUUAUUUAAUAUAUGCAUUUAUUGACUGUACAUUUCUCCAGGAAAAAAAAAGUGACAAAAUAUUGAUUUGCUAGAUGUGCAAUACUUAAGUAGUUAGCCGUUGCCAGAGCCAGGCUCCCACAGGCUGAAGAAUGUAAGAUGUUUCUUUUUCUAUAGUGUGUAUUUACUGAAUAUUCAGUGUGAUAGGACUGGUCAAAGUGUCCUCCACGGUUAGACACGGGACAUUCACACGGCAGAAAACUGAACAGUUCAUGGUGCUUUAUUAAAUUUAGAAUCACGGGGCUGACUGUGUAGCUGUCAACCUGAGAGCAGCAGCAGCUUUCUUCUACAAUUUCCACGUUAACGUCAUAAUUAUUCAAACAUAUAGAUUCACCUAUGAGAAGCAUCACGUAGACUGAGAAGUGCAGUGGCGGUUUCAUCGGUUUAUUAAGCAGCCAAGUGGGUUUUUGUCAUUUCACCCUUUUUCCAUUUCGUACCUUUGUAGUUUUGGUUGAUCUUGUUUCAGUUCCUACAUAUUGUUCCUACUUUGACAGCUGACAAUUUAACACCAUGUGAAUCCUAUUUGUUACUAGAACUGUAACACAUAAAGUAAAGAUGCUGCAAGUUUUCUUGAUGGAAGUAGUAGUUCCAAACCCAAUGUAUCCCUAUUUAUGCAUCAGAACAUGUCCACUACCUACUUUGAAUUCCCUUGACCAAAGCAACAUGCAUUUAAAACGGUGGGAUGUCGAACUUUUAAAUCACUUAACAAAUUUGUGGAUCAAGGGGAAUUUGGCUGAUUCCAAAGUCUGGACAGCUGUUCAAUGCAUUUCCUUCAUCAGCAUCUGUUUAGAUCAAUUAUCAAUCCAAUAUUUCAAUGUCUGAUAAAUUACAUGAGGGUUUUGGAGUGUGGUUGGUGGUGAAGGGGGGUAAAAAGAACCACCACUGUGCAUAGGUACGAAAUGGAGCUAAAAACCUGUGAAGGGUUUGAGCUGAGCCAGACCCUCACUUUGUUUUUCAGGUACAGAAGUAAAACUUUCCUGCUCAACAUGAAACCCUGCAUAUAGUUUACUUCACCUUCCUUUUACCACUUUAUUUUAUAUAGCGAUAGUAAGUUACUGAAUGUAAAUGUUAAACUGUGAAGAGCAGCUGACAGAACACUGGAGAGGUUUUUUUUUUUUUUACUUAGAAAAGUCCCAUCCAGCAUCCAGAACGUCUCUGUGUGGAAACCACAAAAAUGCUUAGUUUAGUCAAAAAAAAAUAAUAAUAAUUCUCAGCUCAUGACAGAAGUUUGAAGACAAACUUGCAGAAUCAGUUUUCUCUCCUGUGAUUGACUCUUCAGACGUGUUGAAGCCAACAUCAGUAAUCAUGACCGACUCUGUGAGGAGAACAAUUUGUCUUUAAGUCUGUGUUCCAUGGUGGUGAAAAACGGGUCAGUCGCUGGCCCAUUCCACAGUGGGUGUGUGGUGAACAGUCUCCUGAUCAGCAAUAUAUUGCUACAGUAAUAUCACGAAGAGGUUUUAUUUUGAUCCUGACAUGCUUGUAUUUUUUGUAACUAAACUGUGCGAAGUAGAAUUUUCAGAAAGCCGUUGAGAAGAUGCCGUUUCAUCUCCACAACUGAUCUGAGUUUUCUGCUUAGGCAAAAAAGUUAGUUUUUUUAUCUGGAAUAUUACAACUCGUCUCUUAUUGUACUCGCUGGCUGCUGUCAGGAGAGAGUAGAAGUAAGGAGAUGCCUGGUGUAAGUAUUCCAGUGUUUGAAAAAAAAAAAAAAAGGUAUUUAUAGAUUAUGUACAGCUUUGGCAAUAUAAUAAAGUUGUCUUAAAUGAA